AGACUUACGAAACCGCUGGCUAUUCUUCGUCGCUGGACCAUUCAUUCCCUUUCCAUAUGAUUGGAGCUGGCCAACCUUGCUGUACUAGUAUGUCCUUACACUGCCCCCUGGCCGCUCGCGUGCCAGGCCUAUGAACACAUAUAAUAUGCGGUGCCGGCUGCUUUAUUUUGCGUCUCACUUUGCUCUUUCACAACCUUGAUUCACGUAACUUGAAUGUCCGAGUCGAGCAGCACCGUCCCCCAUGGACUCGCUGUUCAUGCCCAUUCCGCUGUGCGGGAGAAUCUCUCAUCACCUGUUCAGGAACUUUCAUACAUCACAAGGGUGGUGCUACACUUUCCUUUGGAUACUUAUCAGCUGCUGGCGGAGGCACUAGGUGGCGCACCCAAUCUAAUGCAAGUGACUUCUUUCAAGCACGACUCCGUCCUCACAUCCAGUUUUCAUAGGAAUGCAUUUUUGCCGUCAUUUGUAGAAGUACAAAUCGACAAUGGCACUACGAGCAUGCAAUAUUGCGGACACAUAAGUGAAAUACUACCUUUACAAAAUUCUUUCCCUGACUCAAUCUUUGAUGGUCACUCAAGUCCGCAGGACGCAAGCAUGGCUCCACAUCUUCACAACUCCAUGUCAAAUAUGUAUCCACCCUAUCAAGCGGCAAGUGGCAUGGGAUGGGACCAUACAACAACUCCCGAACCGGGUAUUGGCUUCUCCGGUAUCGAGUUCACACUUGAUGGGGAUUUGAACGGCCAUGCUGCUCUUCAACUUCAUCAUCCUUCAUUGCCUGAGGAACUUUUCCAGACCACACAGCAUCUUCUUCCUCCAGUAUCCUUCAAUAAUACCAUCGCCCCUCUUUCCGGCGUCCAGCCCCCAUUCCUUCGUAAUCCAGUCUUUUCCGAAAUCUCUGCAGACCACCGAAUCUCUCAUCAUACGGAACACCAAAGUCAGCUGGCACACGGGCAAAUUCAACAGCCUGGUUGUCCUCGGGCUUACAUGGUUGAUGGUCUCCUGGUUGACGAAGAAUACCUCAUAGGCGAGAACGCCGACGAUAAUUGGAUAAACGUUCACACAUGCGACCGGGAAGACUCUCCCUGUGGUCUCUGGGUGAAAACAGACAGGUCCUCUAUCAUGCGCCACGGACAGCGGUGGCAUCGGGACGCUCGAGGUUGUGGGGAUAGAAAAGUCACUUGCCCGUGGUCAGGCUGCAACAGCCAGUUGCGAGCAGGUGCCAUCCCACGACAUACUUUGAGCGCUCACUUCGGUGCAACGUGGACUUGCAGUGUUGCUAGAUGCUCAAAAGUUUUCACGCGUCAUGAUAGCUUCAAGGCUCACUCUCGAAAGUGUGGCAGUCUCGGGGCAACCGUGAAGUACGACAAUAGUACUUGUGUCAUCAAUACAAAAAACGUUUUUCGACAUCAGAGUUGAAAAAACGACAGAAACCACGACGGCAGGAUCGCGUUAAUCUCUCUCUCACGCUUUCGGUUGUUGCACGAUAUAUCCACGUUCCAUAUUUCUGACACGAACCUCACGAACUCGCCAUGAAAUCACGCAUACAGCAAUCUAUGUAGCAUAGUACUAGAACGCCCCAAUAAUGAUGUGUGCCCGCGUUCAUGCACAGGCCGUCAUAAUUAUGUCCAUCUUGCCGCACAAGGGACAGUGCUGUCCCAUUACGCAGCGAUAAGGUUCAAGUUUACAGGAAGUUUACAGGAAGAUUCGAUCCGCAAAAUCGAAUAA